CCGCACGACAGAGCAUCCUUGACCGACACAAUCGCCGGGCGAGCAAAAGGGACCCUGACUCGUUUAUCCAAUGGCCUGUAUCUUCAUAUAGAUCCUCGCAAAUUCUGACAAUAAUAUGUUCGACCUCCCAGACGCAAAACGCGUUCGUCGCGAUGAACUUCUCUCGCGAGAUUCGGCUUCACGAUCACCUUCACCGCAGCCUGACUCAUCGUUUCAAGACGCCCAUCAGCGUUUGGGCGCGCUCCUCAACCUUGAUGCAUUGAUAGCGCCUGCAGAAUCCACCGCUCCAGCACCCAGACCAGAGGAAGACGGCCACCGACAAGAAGAUGAGGAGCAGGAAUUCGAGUUCCGUUUAUUUAGCGCCCCUGCUGCGCCGACAUCUACAAACAAAGACGACAAGACACCUGCAACAGAAGGCGGAGAGAAAGCAGUAAGCGGGGGUACUCAAAAAUUGAGGAUUCGGUUACGCUCGCCGACACCUGGAGCGGUGGAUGGGGAGGGGCGAUUUCUCAAUCCCUUCCGAGGGUGGCAUUAUUACUUUACGACCCCGGAGUUGCUUUCUGGAUCCGGUGCGAAGCAGGAUUCGGCUUCGGCUUCGACCAUCAGGAGGAAGCAAUUCGAGGAAGUCGCUGUGACCGGGCAGCAGAUGCUGGGGUGGUCGGAGGUGUCCUGGCCCGGGUGCCAUCUACCAUGGCGGGUGAUACACCUCAAGCGGCAGCAUACCACGUUACCUCCUGCAUCUGCAGAUCCAACUUCAGUCGCGACUAUUUGCGUUACGAAACCUCCGACAAAAGACCCCAAGUCUCGAAAGAAGCCCGGCAAGAAGCGACGUAUCCAAUUGCGGAAGCGAGCAAAGACGGCAGAGGAGGAGAAGCAAAGGGAGGCCGAGAAGCGAAAUCGCAAGAAUCGGGAGAGGAAAAUCAAACGGAGACAGAAAGCACGAGAAUUGAAAGCUGCAGCUGCUGCUGCGUCGGGACAAAGUCAAGAUGUCGCCGAAGUGGAGCUGAAAGAUUCUUCUGAUGCGAGCGAUUGAAAGUACUGUUAACGGACUGCCGUGCAUUUGUGAUACCCUAUGAUUAAACUGCAAUUGACUGUACUGCGUUGGUCUACCCUUAUUACAACAGUGAGAGCACUAAGAUGAGACUGGUCAUCAACCAAGCUAUAUUGCUCUAAUUAUUGACCAAGGAAGAUAUAAACAAAACGAGGGGUAUAUUAUGCAACGCAAACACGGCAACGACAACGACGACGACAAUGAAAGAAGAUCGACUUAACAAAAGGAACAUUCGGGUGGUAUGCGGCAACUGCCCGCUACUGUGAAAACGUGAAAGAGCAGAGUAAAGAUCGAAUUAAGAGGGACUGUUAGGAGAUUUCGUUCAAAAAAGAUAUCUGGUGCUAGGCAAACCAUUACUUGGCU